CCAUUGUUGUCACGCUCCUCGUCCCCAACCCAAUCACAACCUCCCAACGCAGAGAGAGAGAGAGAGAUCAAAAGAAAAAGAGAGAGAAUGAGCGGAGGAAGAGGAGGAGGAGGAGGCGGCGACCGUACCUCAGCGAAGCGUCUAAAGUGGUCGGAUGAGGCGGUGACGGGACCGCUGGGGAAUGGGCUAGGAGGAGACGAAGAAGAGGAAGAAGAAGAAGAAGAAGAAGAGGAGGACGAAAUGGAGAGAGGAGGAGGAGGAGGAGGAGGAGAAUUGGGAGGGGUUUGGUAUUAUCCGGCGAAUCCGACGGCGUUCGUGGUGUCGGAUGCGGUGGAGCCCGACUUUCCGAUAAUCUACGUCAACUCCGUGUUCGAGGCCGCCACCGGUUACCGCGCCGACGAGGUGCUCGGCCGCAACUGUCGAUUCCUGCAAUUCCGCGAUCCGCGGGCACAAAGGCGGCACCCGCUGGUGGACCCCAUGGUCGUCUCCGAAAUCCGCCGCUCCCUCGAGGAAGGGACUGAAUUUCAAGGGGAGCUCCUCAACUUCCGCAAGGACGGCACCCCCUUGAUCAACCACCUGAAACUCUCCCCCAUCCACGGCGACGACGGCGUCGUCACCCACAUCAUCGGCAUCCAGCUCUUCUCCGAAGCCCACGUCGACCUCAGCCGCCUGUCCUAUCCGGUCUUCAAGCAGAGCAAGUCCUGCCGCCGCAACAAAUCAGCCAGGUACUCCGACGACGACGCGAAUUUCGCCGUCUGCGAGCCGACGAAGCCCGACGACGGGAGGAGCGGCGCCGAAUUCUGCGGCAUUCUUCAGCUGUCGGACGAAGUGCUGGCGCACAACAUCCUGUCCCGCCUGACCCCGCGGGACGUGGCGUCGAUCGGAUCGGUGUGCACGCGGACGCGGCAGCUGACGAAGAACGAGCAUCUGAGGAAGGUGGUGUGCCAGAAUGCGUGGGGGAGGGAGGUGACGGUGAAAUUGGUGCUGUUCGGGGGGGAGGGGGUGGACAUGCAGCCGAUGGACGACACGUUCGUGCUGAACCUGGAGUCGGCGAACCCCGAGUGGCGGCGCGUGAAGGUGAGCGCGUCGCCGCCGGGGCGGUGGGGCCACACGCUGUCCUGCCUGAACGAGUCGUGGCUGGUGGUCUUCGGGGGGUGCGGGCGGGAGGGCCUGCUGAACGACGUGUUCGUGCUGGACCUGGACGCGCAGCAGCCGGCCUGGAAGGAGGUGGUGGGCGCGCCGGCGGCCCCCCGCCCGCCCCCGCGCUCCUGGCACAGCUCCUGCACCGUCGACGGCACCAAGCUGGUCGUGUCCGGCGGCUGCACCGACGCGGGGGUCCUCCUCAGCGACACCUUCCUGCUCGACCUGACGAAGGCGAAGCCGGCGUGGAGGGAGAUAACGUCGUCGUCGUCGUCGUGGUGGGCGCCGCCUUCGAGGCUGGGCCACACGCUGUCGGUCUACGGGAGGACGAAGAUCCUGAUGUUCGGCGGGCUCGCGAAGAGCGGCUCGCUGCGGCUGCGGUCGUGCGACGCGUACACGAUCGACCUGGACGAGGACGAGGAAGAGCCGCGGUGGCGGCAGCUGGGGACGAGCGGGUUCCCCGUCGUGGCGGUGAGCCUGCCGUGCGGGAGGAUCAUCAUAUUCGGAGGGUCCAUCGCGGGGCUGCACUCGCCGUCGCAGCUGUUCCUGCUCGACCCGUCGGAGGAGAAGCCGGCCUGGCGGACCCUCGGCGUGCCCGGGCAGCCGCCCAAGUUCGCGUGGGGCCACAGCACGUGCGUCGUCGGGGGCACGAGAGUGCUCGUCUUGGGUGGGCAUACGGGGGAGGAGUGGAUUCUGAAUGAGCUGCAUGAAUUGUGUCUGGCCAGUAGGCCGGGCGCCGAUCAGUAGCAACCUUCGUUUCGUCGAGCACCUGGCGGGCGUGACGGUUUCGGCCUUUCAUCUUUGCUUUGGUUCUAAUUUUAGAUUAGUUCUUAAUUACUGUGGAACUCUGUUUUCUCUCUCUCUCUCUCUUUCCAUCGUUUAUGUCUGUAAUAAUAUGUUCUAUAUUACCGAAUCGGCGUACAUAUGGUUGGUACUCUUUGUAUUUGUUCUUGUGGAGAUCAAAUGAUGCAGAUAAAAUAGAAGGGUGUCAACCGAAAAAAAAAGAAAAGAAAAAAAGAAACAAGUAUUAACGUAUUGUACAUCAAAAUUUUUAAUUUAA